UUCCGUAGAGCAGAGUAGUCCGCAAAACCCCAAUUCUGGUGUUCCAUCUCCACCGACAUGGCUUCGGCGGCGCAGCUAACCCCACGCCGCCUCCAAUCCCCAGUAGACCUCGCCGACGACGCCCUGAGGGAGAUCUUCCUCCACCUCGACUCCCCUGCAGACCUCGCUCGCGCCUCCACCGUCUGCGCCCACUUCCGCCGCGUCAUUGCCGACCACGUUUUCCUUCGCCGCUACCACGCCCUCCACCCACCGCCGCUCAUCGGCAUCCUUGCCAACGGCUUCAUCCCCGCGCAGCCGCCCCACCCCUCCGCCGCCGCCGCCCGCGCCUUCGCCCACGCCCACGCGCCCGAUUUCUCGUUCUCCUUCCUCCCCUCCCCCCACCGCUGGCGCCGCCGCGACAGCCGCGACGGCCGCUUCCUCCUCUCUGGCGUCCCCGAGGGCAGGGGCUACAAUCGUGGCGACCUCGUCUGGAUCACGGACCUUGCCGUCUGCGACCCAUUGAACCGGCGCUACCUUCUGCUCCCGCCCAUCCCUGUCGACCUAACCGCCUCCGUCCAUCAGCCGGACAUCGUCGAUUUUGAGCCCGUACUCUCCCCUGCCGCCGAGGAUGACAAGGGCUCGUCAUUCAGGGUGAUCUGCUUGGCGCAAUGCGCAACCAAGCUGGUCCUCUUCGUCUUCUCAUCAGGUGUAGGACAAUGGCAUGCUGUUACAUUUGACGGAUGGAGUGCUUUGAUCACAGGGCCGGGCAAUCCUGCUUCUGCUUCAGGCUCUGAGUUGUCCCAGCGGUACUACGUGCGCAGAUGCUUCUAUUGGUUGAUGCAUCGGAGGGACAAGCUACUUGUGCUCAACACGAGUGGGAUGGAGUUCUCCACUAUUGAACUCCCACAGGACCACCCGGGAGGAGAGAUUGCCGUCGUGGAUGCAGGGGAUGGACAACUUGGCCUGGUUUCUCUCCGCGAUAACAUUGUACAUGACAUUGUUCACCUCUCAUAUACCAUCUUGCGAAACGAUGGUGAGAUUGCAAAUCAAUGGCAGUCUGAGGAGGUAAUCCCGUUGCCUGUAAAGCAUCGCUAUGACAUCGUGGGUGUAGCCGGGGGAUAUUUGCUUCUACAAGGGAUUCCAGAAGGCAUGUCCAUGAUACAUUUGCCCAAGGAUCCAAACAUAAAGUGUUUCUCGCUGGAGGUCAAGACAUUGCAGCUUGAGUGGUUCUGUCAGACUAGCUGCUCAAUCUUACAUGCCGAACUGUAUGCUGGUCACCCACCAUUUUUGUCUCCACCAAGCAUAUGAAAUGGGCCAAAUCUACGUCUCGGGGCUUCUUUGGUGUAUGCUGCUGAUGUGUACUGCAAGGAUGGCUGUCGUAUUGCACUUCAGCUAGGCUAGUUGUCCACUUG